AUGGGGUGUGCAGCUGUGGCUCGAGAUGGGCAUGGCAGAUGGGUAACCAGAAUUUCUCAGAGUUUUAAUCAGGGACGUCCUUUCCUGGCAGAGGUUUUGGCACUAGAAUUGGGCCUGAAGCUUGCAACGAAGAGGGGAAUAAGGAAGCUGGUUUGUUGGUCAGACUGUGCUGAGCUUGUCACCCUUCUGCAAGUUGGGAGUGACAUAGAAAAUUUCUGGAACCGGGAUGAGAUCCAGCGUGUUCGUCAGCUUAUGGUAGCCUUUGAGGAGAUUGAUUUGGUUAACAUUGUUCGGGACAAGAAUAAUUCAGCGGAUGCACUAGCUCGGGAAGCAUGUAGGAUCGGGACGCCAUUUCAACAGUGGAAUCAAGGUCGUGGAGCCUGUUAUAUAAAAAAGGCGGCUGGCUAA